CAAGUAUUCGUGUCAUAAACGUAAUGGAAAACUACAAAACUGACAGUUUACCAACACAUAGUGCACUGUAUCUACAUUCUAAACGAUACGAAAUCACUUCAAUUAAAAAAAAACAUGGUUUAUGAAGCGCGUUAAUUAUUCGGGUGCCGGUAAUUUCGAGUUCCUGUGUUUUAAGAUCAUACUUGUGUGUUGUGAUAUACUAUAGUUAUCAGUUGGGGUAAAACAGGAUAUGUUUUCAUUCUCUUUUAUUGUCCCAUUUUGAUAGUAAACGAAGAAUAUUUACAGAAUUAUGUAACCGUAGCCACCAACUCUUAAACAACGUAGUUAAUUGUUAAACACGCGAUUAGGGAAUUUUGGAUUAUGUAUACUAACGGUAUCCCAUCUUACCCCACAGAACUAUAUGUUCGUUUAUUAAUCAGGUGAGGGUUUUAAAAGUUACAGAACUUCAAAAGAAACACUUAGCUAUACUUGCAAUAGCAACAAAGAUGGCGUAUUAAUCUAUCAACACUUCAUAUGGUGAUGGCCUGGUAUCAUACGUAACAUAAUGAAUCAUAUAAUAUGCAUGAAACAUACAUCGAAGAAAUAUACAUAGCAUAUACAUCAUCAGUGUUAAGCAAAUUCAUCCAAACAUGGAAGCGUUGAGUCUUAUAUUACUUGGACUAAUAUGGGUUAGAGAUGUAAUGGCUCGGACUUGUCCGGUUCGCGAUGUGUACGAAACACAAGAUGUUGUUGAAGUUAAUGGAUACAAUUGGGGGACUUGUGAAUGGAAAUUUCAUUUAAACAAAGAUCAAGCCCUUGUUAUAAAUAUAACACAAGUUAAACAGGUUUUCUCUUUUGGUGACAGAUACAUUGAACUACCAAAUGGAACCCAAAUAAAUAGUGAGAAAUCUUGUCUUGUGUUCAAACAUGAAUUCGCACCAACAACGUGUUCAUUCAACGUUCCUUACUGCUACAAAUCACAUACCAACUGGACAGGGUUAAUACCCGUCCUAAAGAGCAGGCGUUUAGAUUUUACGGCCAGUUAUCAAAUUAUAAACUGCACUUACACAGAAAGAUCCACACCCAGUCCUAGCAUGGUAACGAGUCUAACUACCGGUUCAACAUUGAAUGCAAUGCAAUCUUCAAGCAGCAAUGCCGGUGUAAUAGCUGGUGCAACUAUCGGCGGUCUACUGUUUAUUGUCUUAGUUAUUGUUGGGGUUUGCUUCAUAUACAGGCACAAAGUAAAUGAUACACCUAACACACCAAUCUACGAGGACCCUGGACAUGUUUACGCUUGUGCUACUGACGCAUAUACUCUUGCUGGUGACGCCUACAAUCCUGCUUGUGAUGUAACACAGCGUGCUGAUUGGUUACGUGAGGACGAGGGGCAUUACGGUACAGUUGAUAACUGCUUGUACAACGAAAGCGAGGUUAAGGUGACAGUUCAAAACCAGUUGUACCAUAGCGAAGGACCUAUUGCGAGUCCCACGACGGAAAAACAAAGCAGUAACUACUUACAACCGAUUGCUACAAAACAACCAGCGUAUUUGGACUUGGAAAAUUAUUCAAAAGCUUAAACAAGUGGAAAUUUUGUGUUUUUAUAAAACAUUAAUAAACUUGAAAACUUA